CUGGCGUAGCAGGGCCGCUCUACGAGGCGUCCCCGUGAGCCGCGGGACCCGGGGGAGUGCCCAGCGGCCCUGGGUAAGACAGCCAUCGGGCUUCCCGGGGCUGGGCUCAGGGGGGACUGGGCCAGUCAGCCCGCGGCCACCGCUGUCCGGCGCGAGGUUAUCCCCAGCGGCCUGGCCAUCUUAAGGGGUAUGGCAUGCGCUCCUGCUGGGCGGCGCUGCCUCUUCUCAGCCCUGGACGGGCACACACGCGCCAGGCCGAGCAGCGCUGGGAGGAGCGCCUGGCCAACCUCAGCCACGCUGCAACUGAAGUCGCUGCGAGCUGCCCGGCUUCUCCGCCACUGCGCAAGAGCGCCCGAAGAACCCGGGGAAGUGCGAGGUGGAUCGCUUGGCUGGCUGGAAGCCCUCCGUGUACUACGUCAUGCUGAUCCUGUGCGUGACUUUCCUCCGCGUCUGCUGCGCCUCAGCCAUGUACGCCUCCAUCGGAGUAGAGCUACUUUGCCUCGCUCUCCUGCUUUGUGGCAUUCAGCAUCACUGGCUUUGGGGACCUCUGUCAGCAGCCAGAAUGCCCAGUAUGAAAGGCAAGACCUCUGCUGCCUCACCAAAUUUGUCUUCAUUCCUCAUUGGCGUCUGCUGCACCUACUCCCUGUUCAGUGUCCUCUCUGUCCUCAUCAAACACUCUGUGAACUGGAUCCUGAGGUAAAUGGAUUGUGGGUGCCACCAGCAAUGCCAAAGACGACCCUGGCGGUCACGGAGGAACAUGGUGAUGCUGGGCAACGUCAGAACCAGAGCAACAUCUCCACAGAAACAGAUGGAGUGAUGGAGAGUGACACAGGCUGGCAGCGUCCCUUGGGGGAGAGGAUCUCCAUGAAGGGCUUUUUGGCAGCAACAAGGUGUCAGUAGCCAUCCUCCAGACGCAGCUGUCUGAAGCAGCCAACGGUUGCCCCCACCAGGCCAGCACGCUGUCCAGGUGUAGAGUCAGCGUUCUGUAUUUUCCUUGGUUCUUGUCCCCACCGCAACAAAGAAUUGAAGGGCAGAGUCACAGUAGUGAAGUGGAGGAGAAGUUUUUUUUUAAGUCACUUAAAGAGAGAAAAUAUGCAGGAGACCUUAGGGAGGUCUGAGACGCACCCUGAAAGGCUAGUGAAAGUUUAAGGGCUACACACAUAUAAAGUACGGGCGACCGCAGA